GUGCAGGGCUGGUUGUUCGCUUUCCGCUCGUUCAGGGUGUUGCGGGGGAUUUUGAGCCUUUACUGCACCUGAAGCGCCUCUAGAAUCGCUGACGGCGCGUGGCCUUUGUCGGAUGUGCGAUUCGAUGAGCGCGGCCUACCUUGAUACGAUGUCGCAGCCGAAGAUGGAAGAACUCAGGCUGAAGUAUCCGGGUGUCGAGGUUGAUGAUUUACCUUGGCCCAAAGACAUCAGCCACUGGAGCGACCGAGAUCUGGACAUCUUUGUAGGCAGCGGAGGAUUUAUCAAGCCCAAGCGUCGAAGACCUGACUCUGAGCUCCUCAUUUGUGCACCUGUAAAAGAUGAAACAAAGCGAGAAGAGAAGGUCGAGCCGCAAGAAGAUCUCUGCGGCGCCCUGCGGGGCAAAUGCCUUGGGCGAGGCUGUUCCUGCCCGGGCUACCGCCGCUGGCCUGGUGUGGGGGGCGGUUGAGGAGGUGACCUGGCGCUGGCGACGGCAGCGCUGCGGUGCUACCGGUGCAAGUGUGCUAACAAGGAUCAUGAGCUAAUGGACUCGGAUGCCUGAGGGAGCUACUCCCAUGCCCAGCGAGGGCGCAGUUGGAGGACACAGAUGAAGAAUAUCCAUUCGAUUCACCAUGGCGUGAAGAAGAUUUGCAGUUCCUGUUUGAGUGGUUCCUAUUGCCAUGCAUGUGUUUCAUGUUUUUCGCAGUUGGCGACGUGUUCUCUCCACUUCCUCUCCCCCCAAGUCGGGCACGGAUGACCGAGCUCAUGCCGGGGAGAGGUGACCCAUUCGGGGGAUGGAAGUGGACUGAUCCCAAGUCGGAGAUGACCGGCAGGGCAUGUCUUAC